GUUCCCCUGGGCCUCGGCUCCAGCUCCAGCUCCAGCUCCAGCUCGGACUUCAGGCCUUUUUGUGUCCUGUUUGCUAAAGGCAUGCGGGCUACAGCAUUCGAGAGAGCCGGUCGAUAACAAAGGGAAAGAGAUAAAUGUAAAUAAGCUCACAUUUUCAGAAUGAGCGGUUUGCAGUAAGAAGCUGCGGCAGCCCAGAGUCUGCUACUUUAGACUGGGCUAACCUUUCCCUGAGAAAAAAAAAAUGGAUAAAAAUAUGCAUUUCCAAAGGGCGAGUUGCCCAUUUACAUGUUUAUUAGCUACUUAUCUACAGGCAUCAGCACAUUCUCUCAUCUAGCACACUCUUUCUUGGGGAAUACAGAUCCCUGGAGGAGUGUGAAAAUCAACUCUCCUUAAUAUUAAGGAGGAAAAUAUUUUCUACUGGUCCCUAGUGUCAGAGUGGUGAACCCCUGCAGCCAGCAGGCCUCCUGAAAAAAAAGUCCAUGGGUGACAGAAGAUUCAUUGACUUCCAAUUCCAAGAUUCAAAUUCAAGCCUCAGACCCAGGUUGGGCAAUGCUACUGCCAAUAAUACUUGCAUUGUUGAUGAUUCCUUCAAGUAUAAUCUGAAUGGUGCUGUCUACAGUGUUGUAUUCAUCCUGGGUCUGAUAACCAACAGUGUUUCUCUGUUUGUCUUCUGUUUCCGCAUGAAAAUGAGAAGUGAGACCGCUAUUUUUAUCACCAAUUUAGCCCUCUCUGAUUUGCUUUUUGUCUGUACCCUACCCUUCAAAAUAUUUUACAACUUCAACCGCCACUGGCCAUUUGGCGACACCCUCUGCAAGAUCUCUGGGACUGCAUUCCUUACCAACAUCUAUGGGAGCAUGCUCUUUCUCACCUGUAUUAGUGUGGAUCGUUUCCUGGCCAUUGUCUAUCCCUUCCGAUCCCGUACUAUUAGGACUAGGAGGAAUUCUGCCAUUGUGUGUGCUGGUGUCUGGAUCCUAGUCCUCAGUGGUGGUAUUUCAGCCUCUUUGUUCUCCACCACUAAUGUCAACAAUGCAACCACCACCUGCUUUGAAGGCUUCUCCAAACGUGUCUGGAAGACUUAUUUAUCCAAGAUCACAAUAUUUAUUGAAGUUGUUGGGUUUAUCAUUCCUCUGAUAUUGAAUGUCUCUUGCUCUUCUGUGGUGCUGAGAACUCUUCGCAAGCCUGCUACUCUGUCUCAAAUUGGAACCAAUAAGAAAAAAGUUCUGAAAAUGAUCACAGUACAUAUGGCAGUCUUUGUGGUGUGCUUUGUACCCUACAACUCUGUCCUCUUCCUAUAUGCCCUGGUGCGCUCCCAAGCUAUCACUAAUUGCUUUUUGGAAAGAUUUGCAAAGAUCAUGUACCCAAUCACCUUGUGCCUUGCAACUCUGAACUGUUGUUUUGACCCUUUCAUCUAUUACUUCACCCUUGAGUCCUUUCAGAAGUCAUUCUACAUCAAUACCCACAUCAGAAUGGAGUCCCUGUUUAAGACUGAAACACCUUUGACCACAAAGCCUUCCCUUCCAGCUGUUCAAGAGGAAGUGAGUGAUCAAACAACAAAUAAUGGCGGUGAAUUAAUGUUAGAAUCCACCUUUUAGGCAUGUGAAUUGUGUUCAGUUCCAGAUAUGGUUUCUCCUAUAAUUUUUCCUAUGCUAUAAACUAAAGAUUUGAAGCUAAGAUACUGAGACGAAUGCACCAAAUCCAGUCAGAUACAUUUGUUUGAAGGUAUACUGUAAAUUUUUAUUGCUGUUUUGUUCAGUAAUUAUAGGUCAAGUCUAAUUACAACAACCAAGAUGGAUUGUCAAACUCUUCUGCUUGGUUGGAAUUUCAUUGUAUCACAUUAUGCAGGUGGCCAGUGAAAUUUGAUAAUAUGGAGAUGACUUUGAAACUUUCAAAAAGGUAUUUCCAUUCCAAUAAUAUCUGGUAAUUGGGUUGGGCCUAUAAAUAUAGAACAAAUUCAGGGAUUUUUUAAAAAAAAUUGUGUUACUACUGAUAUAUGCUAGGUUUAAAUUUUUUUUUGAAUUGUUGAGUUUAUUUUAGCACAAGAAUAUUUUUAGCCUAACAUUAUUAAUACGAAAUGUAUCUAAUUUUUAACAUUGGUAAAAUAUGUUAUGUGCAUUUUGAAAACAGAAAAUAAAUUGUGUUGUUAUCUAUGUGGGUGGGAAUAAAGAGAAAAUAAGCAGGAUUUACACAUUUACAAUCAUCAGCAGUAUGAGUUUUAAACACUUCAUUGUUUUUACACUACAUUAAAAUUUUCGCGUGAAACUUCAAAGCCAGAAAGCUGCUGAAUAUGUAUCUGGCAGGUAAAAGCUGGAAAAUUACUUAAAACAACAAAAUUUCAAUAAAAAAACCUGAGCAACAGCAACUUUUUUUUCUUAAAAUGUCGAAUUAUCUUCAUUUUGGGAAACUAGGUUCUAUAAAAUAUUUAUCAUCCAUAUUAUAUGUUGGAGCACAGCACAGCCAGAAAGGGGCUGCAUUUGUGCUCAGGUCAGGAGCAAAUUGAAAAAAA